AAGAAAGAACCACCAUAUCACUUUCCGAGUAUAAAAACGACGGACCAUACGCAUAACACCACAGUCAGAAUAUAAUUUUGAGACAUUCACUGCCGCGAUCAUGGCCGACGUAAGUUACGAUUUCUCAUUGAUUUUUCAAUUCUGAAUCACUUUCACCCCACCUAAAUCUUGCUUUGAUUUAAGGCAAACAAUUUCACGUUUCUAACACUGUAUCAGGAGGUUGAUGUCAAGCCGCGCAAAUCGGUGGCUUUCAGCGACGGAACUACAAUCGUAGACGAGAACGGAGAAGUCACAAUGAAGGAAGACGGGCACGACGAUACUAAAGAGACGGCGCAGUCCCACUCACCUAGUACGCCGCCACUUUCCCAGGCUUUGGGCGCAUUUACUGAUCCUUUCCAAGGCAAUGGCGAUGAAGCGACCGCAAAUAAUGAAGAUGAUGGAUUGGGCGAUUUGUCGUUGAUGAAGAAGAAGAAGAAGAAGAGCAAGAAGGUGGACGAGGGUGAGGAGGGAGGUGAUGAAGCUGCUGCGGAUGGUGGUCUUGACCUCUCGACUAUGAAGAAGAAGAAGAAGAGCAGCAAGAAGCCCAAGGAUGGCGAAGAUGAUUUCACAGCUCGACUCGCGGCCGCGAAUCUUAACGAUGAUGGGGAGAAGGCUGCUGAGGAGACCCCGGUCGAUGAAGGUGAUAUGAUGAAGGGAACUGGUAUCUGGGCACACGAUGAGACGAAAUUAAUUCCUUACGAACAACUUCUCUCUCGAUUCUUCACCUUGCUCGCCCAAAAGAAUCCCGAUCACGCAUCUUCCGGUUCAAAGAGUUAUAAGAUUCCUCCUCCACAAUGUCUGCGUGAAGGAAACAAGAAGACUAUCUUCGCCAACAUCGCCGAGAUUUGCAAGCGUAUGAAGAGAACUGAUGAACAUGUUACUCAAUAUCUGUUCGCUGAAUUGGGUACCAACGGUUCCGUUGAUGGUAGCAGACGUUUGGUUAUCAAGGGUCGCUUUCAACAAAAGCAAAUUGAGAACGUUUUGAGGAAAUACAUCAGUACGUUUACAUUAUUAUUUUUAAAAGCUUUACUAACAUCCUUUACAGUGGAGUAUGUAACAUGCAAGACUUGUCGAUCCCCGGAUACAGAAUUGAACAAGGGAGAAAACAGAUUGUUCUUCAUCACUUGCAAUUCUUGCGGUUCUAGGCGUUCGGUAACUGCUAUCAAGACUGGAUUUUCUGCACAAGUUGGUAAGAGAAGAAGGCAGCAAGGUUAAGAGUUUCCACUAUAUGUAUCAUAGCUCUACCUACUUUGUUUACCUAGCUAGCUAUCUGAAUGAUUCGAUGCAACAUAUUCCAAUUUCAGAAUUCAAAUUUGAAAAUUAUAUGAUUCCUAAUGGGUUUGCAUGUUGUCGGAUUGAUAUGUUUUCUUUUGAUGAUGGUGAUAACGAUGAUAGCAUACAUAUCUUUUCAUUGGUCCUUGGUUCUCUGAUGAGACAUCCAUAUU